AUGAAAACAAUUCAUGAACAACACUUUUUGUCCGGUAAAUAUAUCAUUGUUGCUGGUGGGGGAAUCGGUGGCUUAACGUUUUGUGUUGCUCUCCAACGAUUUCUCGAGAACAAUAAUCAAGAAAUAAAUCCACCGCCACAUAUUGUAGUGUACGAACGUGAGCUAUCAUUGGAUGACAUCGGACGAGAAGGCUAUUCGCUUUCUAUUCGAAGUGAUCCAUUAAGUGGAGGAAUGCAAAUACUGCAGAAGUUGGAUUUACUUGACCAGAUACUCGGUGAAAGUAAUCCUGGCACAUAUUUCACAGUCUUCAACAAUGACUUUACUCCAUUGAUUGAAUUUCAAUCUCCGCCUGUUGAAGGCCUUUCACAAUCCACUGCAAGUAUUGCACGUUCGAAACUUCGUGAAAUACUUCACAAAAAUAUAUCGCCAUCGAUUGCAGUGCAUUGGAAUCAUGGGAUAGAAUCCGUUGAGGAGCUUGAAAAUGGACAAGUUAUAGUGACUUUAAUGAAUGGUCAUCAAGAAAAAUGUGAUCUACUCAUUGCUGCUGAUGGAUCGAAUAGUAAAGGUAGACGAGCUAUUCGAUCUCAGAAUGAGCUGAGGUUUGCUGGAGCUGUUUCUAUCGCAGCACGCACUCAACCUCUUGAAAAGUUGCCACCACCUAUAGAUAAAACAUGGGGUAGUGUAUUAGGCGUCAAUGGAAAUUUUCUUUUUGUUGCACCAAGUGAUCAAAGAAGUGCAUUGUGGAGUGUCAGCUAUUUGUCAGACAAACCAUCUGAACCUAGACCAGCUGGAACAAUGAGUGAAGAAGAAAUUGAACAAGUACUCAGUGAAGCUCAUCAACGUUUGGUAUCGUUCGGUGAACCGAUGCCGACUCUUUUCAAAAAGACGUUACGUAGUAGUGUUUCUGUCUUCAACGCAAAAGACAUGGAACCUUUCAGAAAUCACGGUUCAGUGAUCUUUAUUGGUGAUGCUCAACAUGCAAUGAGUCCAUUUGCUGGCAACGGAGCCAAUAUGGCUAUGAUGGAUGGAUACCAAUUAGCAGAACAAAUGAUUCUUGCCAAACAUUUGUCGACAGCAGUUCAAGCUUACGAUGAUCUUUGUAUUCCUCGUUCGAUAAAUGCUAUUAAAAUGAGUCAUCGGACUAUUGCAAUCGGUCAUUCACAAGGAAUUUGGAAGUAUAUGUGGGUAACAAUGUUAAAGAUUGUUGCAUACUUCUUUGGUUUCAAUUCUAAGUCUGAACAAUAG